AUGAGCACGACCGCAUUGCUACAAGCCUCCACUUCGCCACCCCCGUCGCGAGAACCGGAAUACGCCGCGCUGGAGCAGCUCGAGUCCCCUCUGUCCCAUGCAAUCGACAUGGGGGUCAAAGUCUCACCGUCCGAGUCAGCGGCGAUGGCAGGUGGUGCCUACGUGACCGCCUCGUCCAGUUGCGGUGCCUCGACCGUUAAGCACAAUCCGUUCACAUACACGACGCCCGUGGACACGUACGAGAAGGUCAAGAUGACUAUCCUGUGUCUAUUGGGAGUCCCACUGAUUCGCGUUGUGCUGCUACUCUGUGUGGGAUUCCUACUCACGCUAGUAAGCCACUUGGCUCUCAUUGGGUACAAGCCAUUGGACGCUCACUCAGGAGCUCGUCCACCUCUGCCACGUUGGAGACGUAUCGUUGGAUCGCCCGUACCAUAUCUACUGCGGUCGUUGAUGUUCAUCGUAGGCUACUACUGGAUCCCGGUCAAAUACCCGCCGAAUUUUAAUCGCCGUACCAUGCCACGCGUAAUUGUGAGCAACCACUUGACGUUCUUCGACGGCCUCUACAUCUUCACGUUGCUAUCGCCCAGUAUCGCCAUGAAGACAGACGUAGCCAACCUCCCGUUGAUCAGCCGAAUCGUGCAGAUGAUUCAACCGAUUCUGAUUGACAGAGGAACCCCUGAAGGGCGUAGAAGAGCAAUGAACGACAUUACGUCGCACGUGGCCAAUCCCAGCCAACCCCCGCUACUCGUAUUCCCUGAAGGCACCACAUCGAACCAAACGGUAGUUUGUAAAUUCAAAGUUGGCUCCUUUGUCUCCGGCGUACCGUGUCAACCGAUCGUGCUUCGGUAUCCGUACAAACACUUCGAUAUGAGCUGGCCACCUGGAGUUUCGGGCCUGUACUUGGCUCUACGAGUGUUGUGCCAAGUGUACAAUCGACUAGAAGUUGAGAUUCUGCCCGCGUACUACCCAUCGGAGAGAGAGCAAAGGGAUCCUCAAUUAUACGCCAAUAAUGUCCGCGAGGUCAUGGCCAAGGCGCUUGGAGUUCCCACAACGAAUCACGCGUUCGAGGAUGUAGCCAUGCUGAUGCGUGUCGGAGACUACGCCACUAAACACGUCGUACCGCUGACAGACGUCGGUGAAGUGAUCUCGCUUACGGCAUUGAAGCAAGGCGACGUGGAUCGCCUCGUUGGGUACUUCCGUCAACACGAUCUUGAUAAGGACGGCCAGUUAUCGAUGCAGGAGCUGCGUGCGCUGUUCCCCAAUGACGAUCCAGUGAUCGUCGACCAGCUCUUUGACCUCGUUGACGUGGACGACAGCGGACUCAUCGAUUUCCGCGAGUUGUGCUUGGCUCUGCGUGCAUUAAAUCCGCAGAAUAUCAACGAGGGCGACGACGCGUUGGCUAAAUUCGCGUUUCGGCUCUACGAUCUCGAUAACAACGGAGUCAUCGACGCCUCCGAACUGGAACAAAUGCUUCGCUUCCAACGCAUUUUCUACGGCAUUUCUGAGGCUAGUGUUGCUGCAGUAAUACGUCAAACUCAGACAGAGAAUAACAGGGGCAUCCCCUACAAGCGAUUCGAGCAAUUGGUAGUGCAAAACCCCGAACUGUUGUGGUACGCCCGCGACAAACUCGAAGUCUUACGUGGCUCAAUGCGAGAAAGCAGUCAGGAAAUCCUCCCUCGUCCGUAG